AGUUGUAGUUCGUUGAGGAAGGGGCGGGACUACAGCUCCCAAAGUGCAGUUCGGGGAGUAAACAGGAGCAGUAGAGUCAGCAGGGAGAGUGGAGAUACAACUUUUAAGCGAUGGCGAGUGACCCUCCCCCUCCUUACCCCGGGGGCCCCACGGCUCCGCUGCUGGAGGACAAGCAUGGAGCACCCAGUAAUGAAGAUAACAGACAGCCCCCGGGGGUGUACCCUCCCAGCAUGCCGUUUGGACCCCCAGAUGCCGGACCUCCGCCGUAUGAUGCAAAUCCGGGCUACAUCCCCCCAAAUCCAGGUUACUACCCCCCACCUGGGCCUUAUGCACCCAUGGGCUACUACCCGCCUGCCGCCCACCCGUAUCCUCAGCAGUUUCCGUCUCCCGGUGGACAUGGCACUGCAGUCAUUGUGCCGCCCGGUGCCAGUACAGCCUCCGCCACCACUACAGUCACCGUCCUGCAGGGAGAAAUCUUCCAGGGGUCCCCGGUGCAGACGGUGUGCCCCCACUGCCAGCAGCCCAUCAUCACCAACAUCACCCACGAGAUCGGCCUGAUGAACUUCCUGCUGUGCUGCUUCUGCUGCUUUGUAGGCUGUGACCUCGGCUGCUGUCUCAUCCCCUGUAUGAUCAACGACCUGAAAGAUGUGACCCACUCCUGCCCCAACUGCAAGGCGUACAUCUACACCUACCGGAGGAUGGGCUAGUGAAGACCCCCGGCCCCUCGUCUCCGUCCGGCUCAUCUCAUCUCGUCCUCCGUCCGCUCGUCCACUAAGAAACUGUGAAUUCUCAGACCGGCCUCAAUGAAGGACUAAUUCAGACUGGUUCUCAGAGUGUCUCCCCCUGGUGGUCGACAUUGAAUAGGACAUGUAAUGUUUAUUGGGGGGUGGGGGGGUUGGGGGGUUGGGGGCUGCAAUGUGUCAUAAUAAUUACCGGCGCCGUGAAGUCACGAAGGCUUUGCCGGGUCGAGUGUAGUUUAUACUAGGAAUCCGUUAACUCUUUAUGCCCCAUUCUGGCUACCUCAGAUAUAUAAGGCAUUCAGUUGGAUGGAUGGAGGGGGGCGCUAUCACUUACGCAUCGGCCGUUCCUCAUGUUGCUUCGGUCCGGUAAUUGUCUUGGCUGCUAUAAAGGGCUGCUAUCUCAUUUAGAGUCGACGUUUAGGUGUCCGAGGUCCCAGCAACGCACCGUGCCCGUCGGUGUCUGGAGUAAUACACGCCAUAGUCUAAUUUACGUACACCGUGGUAUCCAUGGUAACAGCCUUCCACCCGUGGACUCUUUCUAGGAGUCUGGUGCGUGCAGAGCCCUGCGUUGGCGCAGGUGACAUUACUCCAGCCCCCCCACUGGCACGUUGCAGGGCUGUAUAACCUAGCCUUUGUUGAUGGCCUCAUUUAAAGGGAUUCUCUACUUAAAGGGGCGGUGUCGUCAAAGCGAAUAUGAAGCAGGUCCAACAACGAACUGAUCUCUGCGGCUCUGAAAAAAAAACGCUUUACGUUUCUUUUGGCAAAAAUCUGAUAAAUACUGCAGACCUAUGUAAUGUGACACAGACUGGUUGCUAGGGAGAUGCUGCCUGACAACCCCAUACAAGCGUCUGGCUGACACACAAUGUAUCCAUAGCAACCAGCUGGGCACAGCGUUGUUCCUACAGAAGAACAGCAGCAUCAACCCUGUGCUGAUCCCAACGUUAGUAAUCAGAUUUUUCUAAAAGUGGGUGGAGAAGCCCUUUAAAGGUUGUCAAUAUCCUGCAAGUAACUGGAAACACUAAUAUUUUCUGCUAGGCAUCUUGUGACCCCCCCUCCUUCUGCCGUGCAUGGCACAUUCCCUUUGAGACUGUGUACACCUGCUGCCUUGUUACUUGGAAUGUUCCAUUUCUCUGCCUCCUAUAGGGGGGACACAUCCCGCUGUUGAGUAGUGUAGUUUAAUCAUUGUGUAUAUAUAUAAUAUAGCGAAUCUUGUUACAUUUCUGAACAGCCGCGUCAGGUGACUCCGCCCCCAGCGGCGGUUUGUUCUCAGCGUCUUGUGAAGCUGUCUGUGUGAACAGGCGAAAUGGAGUGACUUCUAAUUUCUCAGGUUUGCCGAUCUUUAGCCGCAUGUAACGUUUGUGCGUUUUGCCGAAAGUUGUCGAAUUUUAUUUAUUUUUCUUUGCGUACGAGUUGUAACGGUUGCCGAAUACAUGGAAGAUAAUGAGGACGAUGCGUUUUUUUAACAAUUUUCUCCAGUCACAACUGGCAUGAAGGCUGACCUGCAGUUAUGCGGAGGAGGGAGGGGAGUGUUACGUUGGUAUUGGGGGCGCCCCCUUCGUGAAAAGUCCUGUUUGUGAAGGGUUUUGCGCCAGUUCUGUUGCGUAAAAAAAAGUGGCAAAUUCAGUUUAAAAAAUUUGUCUUUUUUUUUUUUUGGUCUUUAAAAGUCACUGGGAAGUGGGUGGGGCAUAUCAAGGAGGGGGCGUGUCCUCCCACAGAUACGCCAGAAAUUAUGGCGCAAAUCCACUCCUGCUGUAAAUUGCUUUUCUGUCGCACGGUAAUGAAAAGAUGCGGCUCAUAAACUUACACUUCAGCGCCCCCUUCGCAUUUCCGUUCUUUGGCAUUUACAAGAUCUCUGCUUGUCAUCAGUGAACGGAAACCCUCAGCAUAAGAAAAUAUGCCCUAAUCGCGAUCAGCUGACACGCGUUAGCGAGGGAACUGACACAUUGUAACGAAAGACCUGCAACCAGCACAGGUUUCCAUUCACUGACAGCCAACAGAGAUCUGCAGGGAAAAAUGUACAGGAGAGAGCUGCAGGACCUUUCCUUGCUUUCUGUACACAAAUCUUGAAAACCGCUGUAGAUAUUUUCGGUUUUGCGGGAUCCGCCAAUUCUCUUUGUCUAUGGGGCACAACCUCUGCUGCUGUCAGGGAAUAAGGAUCCAACAAGAUGAAGGUUUUUUUUUUUUUGUCUGAUGUUCCUGGUGCCGCUUAUCUCCUCUGGGCAUUCGACCAAGCUGGAUUGAAGUAAUAGUAAUUACCUAUGACAGGUAAUGGCUGCCGGCGCGGUGCGUAAGUCUACUGGGCGCCAGAGCUUCCGUUAUGUGGUCAAAGAAAAAAAUAAAAUAUUUUUUUUUUGUUUUUGUUUAGAAUUUUGCCAGUUUAACCCUUCUGUGGCUGUGCCUCAGGCCACGCAGCGGCGACUGAUCCUCGUUACUGUGACCAUGGUUCAAUUGAUGAGAAGUGAACGCAUUAAAGCACUACCGACCGCAAGGCUCUUGUGUUUGUCCGUGGAUCCUGGGAAAGCUGGGUGACUACAGUCAUGGGCGCCGUACAUAUGAGAGGACAGGCCAGACACCUAGUGAUGUGUGAACAUAGUCAGGCCUGAUGGUCCGGGAAAGCUGGGUGACAACCCCCAUUACAUCAGCCGUGGGGAGCGUAGAGGGGGGUCAGGAGUUUCUAAUUGCAUCUAUAGGGCGGGGUCCGUCAAUGCAUUGCAUUCUGAGAGAUGUAGGGUUCCUGCGCCAGCCUGGUGUUGACAGUACCUGCUCUGUGGGUGGUCCAGCAGACCACAGAAAAUCGGCAGAAUUGUGAAUGCAGCUCCGGUUGUGACUGGAGCAUAAAACACUACAUGAAGAUCAGAAUCAAAGAAAAUCAUAUUUGUAUGGUUACUAAAUAUUCUAAUAAAAUGAUAUAAAGAUG